AUGUUGCAUUAUUUUGAUUCUGCGGCUCCUGAUUUUCGAGGAGAUGCUGGCUGUGUAGAGAAAGUGGCGAAAUCAGGAUUAGAUGUCUUUGCUCAUAAUAUUGAAACGGUUGAAGAGGCCAAGGACUAUGCUCCUGCUGGAACACUUGCCAAAACUUCAAUAAUGUUAGGCUAUGGAGAAACACCCGAGCAAGUUGUCAGAACUAUGGAGAAGGUGAGAGCAGCAGAUAAUCUUAUCGAAGAUCUACCUGCAUCAAUCUGCAAUCUCAUUCAUGUAAAGUCAUUUUGCUUAAACAAUAAUAACGUGAGCCAGGUACCUCUGAAUCUAUUGAAAGACUGCAAAGUUCUGCAGAAUCUCUCCUUGCAUGGCAAUCCUAUUUUAAUGGUUCAAUUUCAGCAGAUGGAAGGAUUUCAAGAUUUUGAAGCAAGAAGAAAGAAGUUUGACAAGCAAAUUGAUUCAAAUGUGAUGAUUGGGUCAACAUGCCUUGAUGAGGGUGUUGAUCUAUGAAUGUUGCAUCAGUGUCCCCGAAAAGAGUAUUUUGUUACACCACAAUCUCAAUUAAUCAUUUUACUGUCUUGCACCAGGACAGUAAAUUUUAGAAAAACGCCUAUACAGACAAGAUUAGUCACGAAUGCUACCAAUCAGAUUAUUUUUAUU